AUGGCUAAUCCAACGAAAGACAACCUCUAUGGCUACGAUGCUAAUAAAAUCCUGCCCAUUGUUACAUCUGUAAUAAUUGGAAUAUCCCUUAUCGGACAUGGUAUUCAGAACAGCCGGUACAAGUUCUGGAGAGUCACCUUCUUCAUGUUCUACGCCAGCUUAUUCUUCUUCUUCGGCUGGGUGAUGAGAGCCGUCUCUGUACGAAACACAGAUAGCCUUGCCUUGUAUAUGAUAUCGACCAUCUUCAUCUACCUCGCUCCGCCAAUAUAUUCGGCUGCCGAAUACAACACUCUUGGACGCCUGAUGCACUACCUACCGAUGCACUCCAUCAUCAACCCGAAUCGCGUUGUGUAUAUCUUUGUCUUUCUGGGCUCACUUGUGGAGGUUUUCACUGCCAUUGGUGCUUCUUGGAUCGCUGCUGGGAAUGGAAGACAGGAUCAAGAUCGUUUGAGCUCAGGUGCUACGUUCAUGGCUGUCGCUGUCAUUCUUCAAGCCAUGAUCGAACUCGGCUUUAUCACCAUGGUCGGCAUUCUUCACCACCGCUGUUCAAAGGCCAAUAUGCUGCCUUCCAACGUACGAACGCUAUUCAUCAUGCUCUACGGCACAUCAAUCCUCAUUCUCAUCCGUUGCAUCUUCCGCGCCGUCGAGACAUUUGAACUACGAGAUAUCCUCGCAAGCGGUCAAGACAAUAGCAAUGCACUCAUGAAGCGCGAAUGGCCGUUUUACGUACUAGAGGCCAUCCCCGUGGCGCUGUACACCUACUGGCUCAACAUCAUCCACCCAGGACGAUAUCUCCCGCACGACCAGCGCCAGUACCUGGACUUCGACGGCAAGACAGAGCGCAUGGGGCCAGGGUGGAUUCACAAGCGUCACUGGAUGAUGUUCAUCGCAGAUCCGUUUGAUAUGAUCGGGAUGUUGACGAUGGAGAAGAGAGAUGCGUUUUACCUGCGGCCGAGUGAGUGGCCUGAGACGGAUAACUGCUUUGCUCAGGGCAGGGGUUCGAAUGCCAAGCCGAGCAAAUAUGCAGCGAUAGCCAAACACGAGUCGAGGGUCUGA